AUGGCCCCUCCCAUCAUCAUCGUCGGCGCCGGCGCCUUCGGCCUCUCCACGGCGCUGCAUCUCUCGCAGAAAGUGUCGCCCGACGAGAUUCUCGUGCUGGAGCAGGACACGCAGAUGCCCCCGCGGUCGUCGGCCGCGAAUGAUUUGAAUAAGAUUGUGCGGGCAGAGUAUGAGGAUCCAUUCUAUACGGACCUGACUUUGAAAGCCAUCUCCGCCUGGUCCGAAGGUCCCUUUGCCGGAAACUUCCACCAAACCGGUUUCCUGCACUGCGUCUCCAGCAAAGCCCCCCAACCCGCCAUCGACACAUUGAACCGGUUCCGCGCGUCCGCCGACUCGCACGCCGCCAUCAACCCACACGUCGUGUCGCUGGGCCACGAGGAUGCCGCGAAACCGCACCUCAUGGGCCCUUACCGCGGCGCCAUGCCCGGCUGGCACGGCUACCUGAACAAACUAGACGGGUGGUGCCACUCCGCGAAAGCCCUGGUCGCCGUCUACGAGGCGGUCCGCAAGGCCGGCGUACCGGUGUGGUUAGGCGCCGGGGUGGCAGAGCUGGUCUAUGACUCCCCCAGCAAGGGGACUGGGAAAUGCACCGGGGUGAAACUCACCUCCGGCGGCUUCCUCCCCGCGCGACAAGUCAUCGUCACCGCAGGCGCCGGCGUCUCGCCGCUCCUCCCGGCCCUGAACCGCCAGAUCACCGCCAAAGCCUGGUCCGUGGCGCACAUCCAACUCACGCCCACCGAGGCGGCCCAGCUGCGCGGUCUCCCCGUGACGUACGCGCGCGAUCUGGGCUUCUUCUUCGAACCCGACACGGACAACCACCUGCUCAAGCUGUGCCCGAUGGGCGGGGGGAUCGUGAACACGGAUGCGCACACGGGCGUGUCCCGACCGGAGUACGAGCCGUUCCUCCCGCGCGAGGACCAGGCGAAGAUGCGGGCGUUGCUGCGCCAGACGUUCCCGGAUCUGGCGGAGCGGCCGUUCGUGCGGCCCAUGCUGUGCUGGUUUGCGGAUACCAAGGAUAGCGAUUUCAUUGUUGAUUAUGUGCCGGGGAGUCAGGAGAGUGUGGUGGUGGUGUCGGGGGAUUCGGGGCAUGGGAUGAAACUGUUUCCGUUGGUUGGGGAGUGGGUGGUGGAUUUGCUCGGGGGGAAGAAGGUGGAUCGAUGGGCGUGGAAGGAAGAAGAUGGGAAUGGGGAGUGGAAGGGCGAGAGUAGUUGGCGGUUGGGCAGUUCGAUGGAGUUGAGGGAUUUGAAGAAGGAGGGGAGGGCGAAUAAGUUGUAG